CGAUGGCAUGCAUAUAGCUUCAUUAACAAAUAUAUAGGGCUUAGCAUUACAUAGAGCUCAGCAUGAAGGUAAACAACUCCGGGACCGGAAGAUGCCCUGGGCUACCCAGGGUGACACGAUGCUCGUUGAUGCUAGAGUAUCAAUAAACAAUCAUUGCCUAUUAAAGCAGACACUUGCCCAGGUAGAGAGAGACUCACAUCUGGACUAUCGGGAACAACCAGCUCUCUCCUUAUCUUCACAGGCACAGUCAUAAUCUAAGUAGCCCACCAUCACCACGAUGCUCCAUCUUUCCAUCCUUGCCACCAUCGGUGUCCUCGCCGCCCAUAGCGUUGCUCUUGGCGUGAAGCGCUUCGACAGCUCAACACCCUUCUACUCUUACGACCCAAACACGCCCGCGGCCUGCACCCUGUGGUGGAACAGCGAUGAUGGCAUCAGCUGCGACACGGUGCUCCUCAUUGUCGGGAUCUCUGUUGGCCAGUUGACUGCAUGGAACCCGUCGAUUAAGUCUUGCGCCGACUGGAAGGCGGACUACUCUUACUGCGUCGAGGGUCCCGCUCCCAGCAUCCCGACCACUACAUCCACGACAUCCACAACCUCCAAGCCGGUGACCACCUCCAAGCCGGCAACCACCAGCACUGCGGUGCCGCCCACGACCACCAAGCCGAGCAACGGCGUCACGACCCCCGAGCCGGUCCAACCCGGCAUGGUCGACAACUGCAACCGCUUCUACAAGGUGAAGAACGGCGACACCUGCACCACCAUUGCUUCUUCAGUGGGCGUCACCAUCGCCCAGCUCGCUUCAUGGAACACGCAGAUCGGCGGCACGGCCUGCACGGGCAUCUGGGCCGACUAUAACAUCUGCACGGGUGUGAUCGGCGGCACCCCAACCAGUCCCGGCAACGGCAUUGCUACGCCCACGCCCGUCCAGCCGGGCAUGGUCACAAACUGCAACAAAUUCUACAAGGUUAAGGCCGGAGACACAUGCGUGACCAUUGCGUCCUCUGCAAGUGUCACUGUCGCCCAGCUUGCGACCUGGAACACACAGAUCGGCGGUACCGCGUGUACGGGUAUGUGGGCUGACUACAACAUCUGCACCGGCGUCAUUGGGAGCACCCCUAAUCCCACACCACAGCCCAUCCAAACUGGCAUGGUCACCAACUGCAAAAAGUUCCAUCUCGUGAAGACGGGCGAGAGCUGCGAUACUAUCACGCGCUUGUACAGCAUCACCGUUGCAAACUUCAUCAAGUGGAACCCGGCUGCUGGCGCGAGCUGUACGGGGCUCUGGGCUAAUACGUAUGCUUGUGUGGGACUUUAG